AUGGCAAACAACACUCAAUCCGACGACGACUGGUCGCUCUACCCUUACGAUCCAUCCAAGGCGGCACCGAUUGCUUUUGCCAUCUUGUUGACGGUCAUCGCUUGUUAUCAAUUCUACCAAUGUUUCGUGCGCUAUCACUGGAAGAAGUUUGGAGCCACGAUGACUUGGGCCUCCAGCGUCUGGAUCAGCGGCUUCAUCAUCCGUACCAUCUCUGCCUACAACGUCCAAAACGUCGGCAUCUUCGUCGCCCAAUACGUCCUGAUCAUCAUGGGCCCGCCCCUCUACGCCGCCGCCGAGUACUUCAUCCUCGGUCGUCUGCUCGCAUACCUGCCCUACUUCGCCCCCAUCCACCCGGGCCGCGUCUUCAGCACGUUCAUCUUCUUGAGCGCGGUCGUCGAAGCACUCACAGCAAACGGAGCGAGCACUGUUGCGACCGCCGACUAUGGAACAGCAAGACGUGCACGCGGGCUAGACAUCCUCAAAGCCGCGCUCAUCCUGCAGGCAUGCAUUGAAGCCUUCUUCUUCUCCCUCGUCGCCACGCUGGAAUACCGCUGUCGUCGCGCAGGGAAGUUCCCCAGGAGAAUCCGACCAGUCUUCUACAUCCUGUACAUUACCAGCUCGAUGAUGCUCGUGCGCUGCAUCAUCCGCACCAUCGAAGGUUUCGAAGCGACGUCGUGCCCCUCGACGCAAGUCUACUGCGGCUACAUCGAGACGCACGAGGCGUUCCUGUGGAUCUUUGAGAUUGCAAACAUCACGCUGUUCGUCAUUCUUCUUGCCCUUUUCCAUCCCGGUCGCUACUUGCCGAGGGAUAGCAAGAUCUUCCUUGAUCCCGUGGAUUUGGAGACGGAGAGACUCGGGCCGGGUUUUGGGAAGGCUGAUAAGCGGCCUUUUCUCGUUACUGUGCUCGAUCCGUUCAAUUUCUAUGGUAUCAUCACUGGCAAGGGUAUGGCUCGUGAUCCGUUUUGGGAGCAAGAGCAGCCCGUUUAUGAGGGGGGAGACGUUAAGAAGGCUAUGGAGGCGAGGAGGCUGCAGCAGGAGAGCGGUGCAGCCGCGAAAGAGGAGGUGGAUGGCGACAAGGUUUGA